AGAUCAGAAAAAAAACUUAAGAAGGUAAGCAAAAAUGGCAAGAAGAAGUCAAGAAGAAGAAGAAAAGGAGAAUUUUCCUCUUAUUACAACAAAAACAGUCGAAUACUUACAACCAGUAAUGCGUCGAGAGCUACUCCGCAAAUUUCCAGACAACUCUGCUUUUGGAUUCGACUACGCACAGAGCUCUCUCUGGUCUCCUCUAUUGCCUCGAAACUACGCAAGCCCUUCUGAUCUAGACUCGGACAGUAGCGUUUGUAGGAACCUUGAGCUCGGAGAGUUUCUGGAAAGCAAGAAGAAGAUGAAGAUCUCAAUGAAAAAGAAAAACAAAAAGAAUAAGUUAGUGAAACUAGACAUGUCUUCGAUCAAGAGUGACGAUUCUCCUAAAGUUGGUUGCUUUUCUCUUCCCACCAAGGGAUGGGAUGGUUUACUAAAGGUAGCUUCAAAACACUUCAAGAAAUCGAAAAAGAAGAGAGACCCAGUCGCUGAUGUCAAGCUUCUCAACUUCUGCAAAUGCUGAGAGUUCAAUAUACAUACCACUUCAAUGUUAAUUCUAUAUUGUUGGUUCUUUUGCUCAUAUGCGCUUCACAUGCAAGUCACAAUAUUUGGGAUAUAUGGGUUGAUUUUAUCUGUUUUGUUUUAUUCGCGUAUCUGUUUUGUCUGGUCUUCAUGUAAACCAUUGGAGUGUUUUGAUCAUGCACAGUUCUAUAUC